UCACAGUGAUGCUGGAGGUCAGAGAAGGCAGCUCCACCUGACGGCAGCCGGUCCCUCACAGACCAGGGGUGAUGCUUUGGGCAUCAGUGGUUGGAGUUCAGCCCCCACCAACCAUCGUGCCGCGGCCGCAUUUCCAAGGGUGGCAGAGCUGGUGUAAUGCGCGAGGAGUUGGCUUUGAGCAUGGCCCCCGGCGACAUUGGCCACUGGGGACUUGUCGCUGAAUCCACCCAACGACAGGGAGGUUGGCAGAGCGGGCAGGUCGUUGCCCAAAUCCCUACAUGUUGUGAACUGUGGUCCUUUGUCACCCCUUUGUGCCACCUCCAGCAGAUGCUCCGAACCAUUGCAGGCCACGGAUGGAGAGCACGUUCUAGUAAACCUGCUCAAAACGUACACAUAAGCAAACCUGGAGCUGGCUUUAGCUUUGAACUUACUGAUGAACAGAAAGAGUUCCAAGCUACUGCUCGUAAAUUUGCUUUGGAGGAAAUUAUUCCUGUUGCUGCACAGUAUGACAAAACUGGAGAGUAUCCUCUUCCGCUCAUAAAACGGGCCUGGGAACUCGGUCUUAUAAAUUCACACAUACCAGAAAGCUGUGGUGGCCUUGGCCUCGGCAGUUUUGAAGCUUGCCUUAUUACGGAAGAGUUAGCCUAUGGAUGUACGGGCGUCCAAACGGCCAUCGAGGCGAACUCCCUCGGGCAAAUGCCAGUAAUCAUUGCGGGAAAUGAGCAGCAGCAGAAGAAAUACUUAGGAAGAAUGACAGAGGAGCCAAUGAUGUGUGCUUACUGUGUAACAGAGCCCGGAGCAGGCUCUGAUGUGGCUGGGAUAAAAACAAAGGCUGAGAAGAAAGGAGAUGAAUACGUUAUUAAUGGCCAGAAGAUGUGGAUCACAAAUGGUGGGAAAGCAAACUGGUAUUUUUUGCUAGCUCGUACCGAUCCAGACCCAAAAGCUCCUGCAAGCAAAGCCUUUACUGGAUUCAUUGUGGAAGCAAAUACCCCUGGAAUCCAAAUUGGAAGAAAGGAAAUGAACAUGGGUCAGCGCUGCUCUGAUACAAGGGGUAUUGUCUUUGAAGACGUAAGAGUGCCAAAAGAAAACGUGUUAAUAGCUGAAGGAGCUGGCUUCAAGAUCGCAAUGGGAGCUUUUGAUAAGACCAGACCACCUGUAGCAGCUGGUGCUGUUGGGUUGGCAAAAAGAGCGCUCGAUGAAGCUACUAAAUAUGCUUUGGAGAGAAAAACCUUUGGGAAACCAAUUGUUGAACACCAAGCAGUGUCUUUCAUGCUUGCUGAAAUGGCCAUGAAGGUGGAGCUGGCUCGCAUGGCUUACCAGCGAGCUGCCUGGGAGGUGGACGCUGGUCGCAGGAACACCUACUACGCCUCCAUUGCAAAGGCCUUCGCUGGAGACGUCGCCAACCAAGUGGCUACAGACGCAGUGCAGAUUUUUGGAGGGAACGGAUUUAAUACCGAAUAUCCUGUAGAAAAACUAAUGAGAGAUGCUAAAAUCUACCAGAUUUAUGAGGGAACCGCUCAGAUCCAAAGGAUGAUCAUUGCUCGUGAACACGUUGGCAAAUACAAGGCUUAAAGAGGUGUUUCAAGUACGGCUGGCGCCGCUGUAGUCCUGUGUUCUCAUGGAAGAAGACUUUUGUGCAGUCCAAUUAGAAAGGCCUGGAAAAACGCCUUUUCCUUCGAAAUCUUUCUGUUGCGUAUGCAAUUAAGCAGCACUUCUGUACUCCCCGCCCCUUCCCUCACUUCGUGCCUCCUGACUAGCAAACUUGGUGUUUUCUAAACGUUUCUGAAUUCCAAAGUGAUUGGUGGUCGUCUUUCCCCACUCACUCUCUUUCACUCAGAUCUUUGGCUUUUGGUGGGAGAAGAGGUAAACACCUUCCCUGGAAAAUUUAUACGAUCAAAAAAGUGCACAAAAUUCAGAUUUUUUUUUAAUUUCUCUUUUUUUGGUCUGUGAAGGAAUUGGAUUUUAGGUGUUUCUGUAUUGUUUAUAAUGAUACAGUUUUGCUCCCCCUCCUUUAGCCCUGGAGUUUGGGCGGAUUUCAAAUUAAUAAAUCUCAGGGAAAUCUAAAAAAGCGGUUCUGCUUCCUCGGGAAUGCCAUGCUGCAGCACAUGGUCUCUACAUCACCACUUGCUAAAAUAAAUAUGCUUACAGUGGG